ACAUUCUCGAUUCAAAAUUUCGCGCAGGUCCCGAUCUCGCUUCUUCAAUGGCGACCGAUUUGACAGCAGAACUCAGCGAAAAUGCUCAUCUACGACCAAAACCGAUCCUACCACUUGAUUCAGGAUUCGCAAUCGCCGGUAAUGUCGGAGUAGAUCGGCACCAAGAUCGCCGUUCCUCCGAUACCGGACCUCCCUCGUCCGCAACUCUUAGCGCUGCGAAGGAAGGCAUGGAUUCCCAACGUGCCGCCGUGGGGAGAAUUCCGGAGUAUCAUGCUUCUGUUUUUGAUAUCUUUAAGAAGAUCCGUCGUGCAGAGCGGUUCGGGAUUCCCGUACGUUUGUCGGAGGCAGAAAAGCGAUACUCUCGAGCCGAGAGUUAUUCAGGAACGAAAGAUUUUGUAUUCUCAUUUCUCCGAAGUGAAAUGCAGAAGGUUCGGAAUUGGCUCAGCAUGUGGAUCAGAUGAAGUGGCCAAAUCAGAGGAGCUGAAGAGAAAGGCAAGAGCAGAGAGGUUUGAGCUCUUAACUUUGUCCAUGGCUACUGACGAGGAGGCAAAGAAAAAAGCUCGGCUUGCCAGAUUUGCCCCAUUUCCGUAGAGUUCCCUUCAUAGAAUGCAAUUAGGACGCUACACCAUAAAAUCUUAUGAUCAGCCAAGCUGUUAUACAUUUAAUCAAUUGGACAAGCCGAGCUAUUAUAAUUCUUCGUAUCCAUAGCCUUUUCAAUUUAAGGAUGCGGCCAUUAUUUUGUAUGAGAAGUAUAAUAUUGGACUCCAUUAGACGGAGGUGAAGUUUCAAAUUUCCAGAACUGCACCCUCUUCAUCAAAUUAGAGGGUUUACCUUCCAUUUAGUUUUAAAUUAUCUAUACUAUCACCAUCAUCGAUAUUUUCAGUUGUUCCCAAUGCUCAAGCAAGCCCUUUGAGUUCGACUCAAAUAAAUGGCAAGGGAGAUGUACCUGUGGGUUCUUAGUAGGUUAGGCAACUUGUUUGGUACGGCUUUCAAUGGUCAAUAGGUGUACAGUCUGUAGUUCAUAAUUUUCUGUAAGAAUCCCUGUUAUAUGGAGGGCAGAGCAGUGGCCUAAAA